ACUCAAUCCAUGGCUCAACCAUAUGUUCCUCAGGAAUUCAAUAAGGAAGAGGAAGAAUUGAAAUGCCAUCCAUCCCAAAGUGGUUCAACUGCAACUCCUACACUAUUUGAGAAUAUGAAUGCAACAAAAGCAUUUAGUGCAGCAUUUUUUGAAGAUUAACUAUUUGAUAAAGAAGGUUGUUAUCAUUUUAUAUAACUUAAUAGAUGAUUUAUUCGAUGAAAUUAACUAAUAAUUAAACUAAGUAUUGAUUAAUGACUCAUAAAGACCUUCUCUUGUAUCAGCAUUUUAAGCUGACAUGUACUAUUGAAUGGUAAAUCUAUUAGGUCAUCAUACUUAAGUCAUGAGAAGUUGACAAAAAACUCUCGAAAAAUGCAAUUGGAAUAUUAAAAUGCUAGCUUAAAAGAAAAAGAAUAUGUCUUCAACACAUUCGUAAAAGAUGAAAUAGAAAAUAUAAGUUUGGAUAAGUACAAACAUUUCCUACUUGAAAAAAUACUUGAAGUUGGUACUAAUUAUCAAUAUAUCUUUAGGUCUUCCUUCACACAAAAUCAUCAUACUUGAUAGAUUAUUUUAAUCAAUAAAUAAAUUAAUAAAAGACCUCUAUGCUUGUAAAGUUAUUCAAAAGGGAUUGGAAGUGAUGAUUCAAAAUCAAUCAGAUUAUCCUUAGCAAUUAGACAAUUAUCUCAAUUUCAUUCAUUCGGAUAAUUCUUAGAUGAGGAGAGUAUAUGUAGACAAGAUUGCGAAUCAAAUUAUCUAAAAGAGUUUAGAGGUAUUAGAAGGGAAUCAUUUGUUAAAACUUCUUUUGGUGUUGUCAAAAUAUGUAUAAUAUUAAAUUGAAUGUUAGAUUCUAAAUAACAAUCAUGAAAAAUUUGAAUUAUCGAUUGACUAAUAUGGAUGCUUAAUUGUUAAUAAGAUUAUUGAUAUUUAUCCUAAACAAUUCGACAUUUAAACUAAGUCUUUAUGCAAUGAUAUCAUAACUAGAGCAAUACAUAAUAGUUCUGGACUUACACGUAGAUAAUAUGCUAAUUAUAUAAUUUAAUCAAUUUUGGAGAAGGGUUAAGAGAUACAUAAGAGAUUGUUGAUGGAUUAAUACCUCAUUUAGGAUUUUAUGCCUAUGUCAAUGGAUAAAUAUGGCAGUAAUGUAGCAGAGAAGGUCAUAGUCUAUGGAGGCUCUUAGUGGAGGACAAGAUUAUGGGAAUAAGUAUCAAUUUCAGAAAGGUAGCAGAUAUUUAUCAUUAUAGUUCAUUUAAAAGAUUAGUUAAUGAUUAGUUUGCUAACUAUCCUAUACAGAGAUUAUUUGAAUAUUUAGAUUAACCUUUAAGAUAGGAAUAUUUGGCUCUUUUAAAUCGGUUGAGUGAUAAUAAUUAAUUAAAUAAUCAUGGUUAGAUUGUAUUAAAGUUUGCUUUGGCAAAUUAGAAUGUUAAAAAAUAUACGUAAAAGAUAAUAUAAAAUGAUAAGAAUUAACAGAAUAAAAAUAAAUAAAAAAAACAGAAUCCAUAAUCUUAGAGUUCUAAAUAAAAUAUCAGUAAUAAUAAUACUUAAAAGUAAUUAAUAUUUGAGAAUGGAUUAAAAUAGGUAUAAUAACAAUAAAUGUAACAAUAAUUUUAAGUGGCAAUGAUGUAAUAGAUGAUGUAUUAUUAAUAAUAGCAAUAGUUAUUAUUUUAAUAAAUGCCAUAAUUAUAUUAUUAAGAUUAGACUUAUCUUAAUUAUGGAACGAUGACUUAAGAAUAAUAAAUGUAGAUAUUUUAUUGGUAAUAAUAAUAAUAAUAAUAAUAAUAAAUUUUUAAUCCAAAUAUGAAAAAUGGAUAAUGA